AUGGAAGUCAAGAAUAACACGACUCAAGAUUACAUUGCACGUAGUCUGAAUGCAACAGAGAAAGCGAUCGAAUUGAUUCGAGACGGAGACAUUGUUCGUCGUCACGUUACACUGGAUAUCCGCGAUAUGCAUAUUUCGAUUUCUGAAGAUAUGGAGAGAUUCAAGGGAAUGUUGAAGGAAUUGGAACAACAUAUUGAUAGAGAAAGAAUUGGAAAUACACGUUGGAUGGAUAGAAAAGUGGCAGCGGCGAAGGCGAUGGCUGAUCAUGCGCUGUCGUCGACUCUGAUGGUGAAAGAUGUCCAAUGUUUGGAGAAGAAGGUGAAUAUUCUGAAAGAAUCGGUGAUCCAAAUGAACAAAUCAUACAUGAAUUAUGAGAAAAAUGUUGAUUUGGAUGAUUUGAAAGACCAAGUUACCGAAAUGGUUCGUCGUGUGGAGAAUAAAGAGAAAGAGGCGAUGGAUGCUGUCGGAACAGAUGAGCCAUCGAUCGAACAAGUAUUCCGAGGAGCCAUCGAAGGUCUUUAUGGACUUCAGUCGAAAAAUCCAAAGUUGAUGGAAGAGGCGAAACAACUGGCCAAAGAUUUGAGUAUUUUCAGAGAUGCUGCUGCCAAUAGAAACUUCUAUGACAUGAUUUCGUCUGCUCAAAGUACGAAGACAUCGUCGGGAAUUUCAACGUCUUCCGUUGACAAAUCCAGUGUGUCUACUGAGAAACCGUUUUCUCCAGAAGCUACUUCGGAUUCUAUUUCUUCCACUGCAUCAUCUUCCUCUAGACUUGGCUAA